AUGAUCCGCCAAAAGUCCAGCCAAUGGCUGGGGCUGAGAUUGCAGUCGGAGCUUGAACCACCCUCCGAACUGCAGCGGGAACCGGAGAAAGAUUUCAGCUCAGUGCGUGAAUCGGCCACGAGGAUGGGAACGGGUGUGCGAACCGAGUCGGGAACAGUCGCCUCCAUGGAAGUGGACGACGAUCCUGGAGCCGGCUUGUUCCCGCAAUUAGGGCCUGCUGAAGCCCAGCCUCGCCUGCAUUGCUUGUACGUGGUCCUUGAUAUAGAGACUCGCGAAGGACCACGGACAGCACAGCUCUGCCUUCCCCAAUCCGCUUUCUCUCCGCAGCCGCCGCUGCCUAAGCCUCGGAUCUGCAUGUGGAAGUACCUGGACAUCCAUUCUAUGCACCGGCUGGAGAAGACCACCAAUGCUGAGGAGAUGAGGGAGGUGCUGGCUGAGCUGUUGGGGCUGAGCUGUCCUGAGGAGAACCCACGGGAGGCCAUCACCUUGGACCUCUUCUCCCAUGCACUCAUCUUCUGCCGCCAGCAAGGGUUCUCACUGGAGCAGACAUCAGCAGCUUGUGCCCUGCUCCAGGAUCUCCACAAGGCCUGUGUUGCAACCCCUUUGGGCAACGUCGAAGAAUGUUACUGCUACUUCACCAGUGUACUUUUUUGCCAUGGAGUCAGGCGGCCUCCCUUCAGCAUCGACCUUUUUAAUGAGGAACAGCUGCUGGCCCUAUCAGACUAUGUGAUCAACACCUACUUCCGCCACUUCAAGCUCUACAAAUACGUUUUCACACCACAGGUGCGGCUGGAUCUGUCUUUGACUUACUUGGGGCUGCAGCCACCCAAGCUCUGGCCAGAGGAGAAAGAAGAAGGCGAAGAGGCAGAAGAGCAGGCAGUCACCCCGCAAGAGCAGGAACCGGAAACAGUGGCCCAGCCAGAGCAAGAGUCAAGUCAAGUCUCCACCCUCCAAGCUUUCAUCAAGACCCAGCUGAACAAGGAGCUGGGAAAGCUGCGACAGGUAGUGGAGGAGCAGCUCAUGGCCAGCGAAGAAAGGCUCAACAGCAAGUUGGCCGCCUUGGAGCGGCCCUACCACCUGCCCCCGGGGAAAGGCAAGAACAAGACCAAGUGAUCCCCAGCAUUUUCCCCAAUAAAGGCCUGAGCCAGCCCUACCCCCACA